CCUCCGGGCAGACUUGGUUGCUCCCAAUGGUCAUCCAUCACUUUACCACUGUUGUGACGACAGCUAGCUGGCGGUCCUGACCACUCUUCGCGUCUUGUGUCCACUUUUACCGCAGUUUCUUCAGCUGUUUCUCCACAAGAUCUACCCAAGGAGUAGUCCGAAGGAAGGAGGAGUCCUUAAGUAGGACGUUUGGUGCACGGUUGUUGACGUCUGCUAACUUCAUGGCACAAAGGUCAGCAACAUCGCCAUGGAGAUGACCCCUGACCUCUCUGAAGCACACGUUGUUACAGGGUGUCUCUAAGACAGUACCAAAAUGGAGGAGGACGUUGAAAAAAGGACGGCCACAAACGGCGGAUUCGUCGGCAUGAAAUUUUCCGUGGAAAGCGAGGAGAGGACAGGCGGGCGGUUGUCGACCGGCAGACGGUCGCCGGACAGCCCCAUGUACGACACCAGCCCGAAAGCGAAGCUUCUCGAAAAUACCGGGGAUGUGAACAAGAACGGACGGGGCCAGAACGGGAACGCGGUGCGGGAGCCUUCGGAUCGGAUUCCGAUGCACGACAGAACGAUCUCCAGGUCGUCUGGCAGCCUAAAGGAGGAGGUGAAGACGUGGGCCAAGCCGCGGUCCGAUAAAAAGACGGAGAGUAAAGAGACAAAGAAAGAAACUCUGAGACCACUGAACAGACGGUCCUCGCUGGAGAACUUUGGUCGGUUUGGACUGUUGGCUCCUGCUGUGGCUCUGGCUCCGGCCAUACAUGGGAGCGAUGAGCUGACCAAGACGUUUGUGGACCUGCAGGGAGAGAACAGGGAGCUGAAACUUGCUGCUGCUCACAUCGACGACGCCCUGGCCGGCCGAGGCAAGUACGGGAAAGCUCGCGCCAUCUUCAAGCCCAAGUUCGCACAAAGAUGUUUCUACAUUAUAAGUAAUCGCUGGUUCAAGCGGUUUCUGUACCUGGUCAUCCUUCUGCACUGCACACUGACGUUCUGGGAGCCUCCACAGGAGCACAUCACCGCUGGGUCUAUGAACUGGUGGGUGUACAUCGGCACCUCCUUCUGCCUGCUGUGUUACUAUGUGGACAUCGCCCUGCACAUGGCCUUCAUGACCUGGAGAGUCUACUGGGCGCUCGACGAGAACAAGUGGAUGAGAGUGGAGUUUUAUCUGGUGUGCAUGUUCACCUUCGACUUCAUCAUGCUCAUCAUACAGGAAGCCAUUUCUAUGAGGUUAGCGCAGCCGUUUCGGUGCUUGCGGGCAGGCAUGCUUCUCUGUAAGGCCAAGAACGUGGGGCACAUCUUCGACGUCUUGCUGUCCAUCAUUAUCAAACUGGGGAAGGUGUUUGUGAUCAUCCUAGUCUUCAUCCUGACCUUCAGUGCCAUCGGUGUGCACAUCUUCAUGGAGGCCUACCACGACAACUGCACCACCAACUCAGCUACAACCGUCAUCACCUGUACAGACAAUGAUCCAGACGUUUAUACAGGAGUGUUUGACCAGAUCGGGACCAGUUCUCUCCAGCUGUUUGUGCUGCUGUCCACAGAAAACUACCCGGACUUCAUGAUGAAGGCCUUUGACAAGGAGCGGGCAGCCUUCCUGUACUUUGGUAUCUUCCUGUACGUCGGAGUGUACUUCUUAGCAGCCAUCCUGCUGGCCAUCAUCGUGGACAGCUACUGGGAGUUCUCGAAGAAGCACGUGAAGCGGGAACGCUCGCGGGAGCGGGCGGAGCUGGGGAAGGCGUGGAACCUGCUGGACCCCCUGGGGGAGGGGCAGCUGGCAGUCAACGACGAGAGACUGCUCACGCUCUUCAGGAUACUCAAGCCAAAGAACACAGACGAGGAGAACCGGGAGCUGAUAACGGAGAUAGACCAGGACAGCGACGGGUUCGUGGACGCCUUCGACUGGACCACCGGGCUGAACGAUGCGCUGUCCUUCGAGUUCGAGGAGUCGGAUGUGCAGGAGAUAACAAGAGUCCAUGGAACAUGCUUCUCAUUCGUGAUCGAUGUCUUCAAAAGAGUGGCACAGGCCACGGUGUUCUCCAUCUUCAUCCUGGUGCUGAUCGGCAUCCACUGCAUCCUCUUCUGUGUGCGCUGGCACAGCAUGACCCGCGAUGACGAGCUCAUCGUGCAAGCGAUCAGAUCAGCAAUCGUGUUCCUGUUCCUGGUUGAGAUCACCAUCAGGUUCAUCGGGCUGGGGAGGAAGAUGUUGGAUCCACUGGAGCUGGCUGACAUGCUCAUGGUCGUCAUAGCCAUCGUGGGGAAUGUUGUCUGGUAUGUUGUUGUGUACGUGAUCGAAAGUGACGUGCUGGUGUACCGCGGAUGGUGCAUCGUGGUGUCCUCCUUAGCCGUGUUCACCAGGCUGGGAUUCAACUCCUCACAGACCAAGAAAGCAUUUGUGCUGUUCAUGAAGAUCUACCCUGUCAUGUUCGACCUGCUUCUGCUGGUCUUCAUCAUCAUCUACAUGUACUCCACACUGGGUAUGGAGAUCUUCUUCCGGCAGGACCCCACCUCGAUCAACACGGAGUAUGAGACGUCUCUGUGGGACUACAAGUGUGGGCUCGGCUUCCAAACUUUCUUCUGUUCCCUGGCUGUUGUGUUCCAAGUUGUGACCACCAGUAACUGGCAUGAGAUCAUGAAUGCGGCCAUCCUCAACACGUCUCAUGUAGCGCUCAUCUACUUCGUGACCUGCUACAUCGUGGUCAACCUGGUGGUCAUGAACCUGUUUGUUGCCAUCGCCAUCGAAGCCUUCAACAAGUUGGGAAAGAAUGACGACGACGACAUAGGACAGCUCCAAAAGGAAAAGACCACCUUUGCUGAUACUGCCAAGAACUUCUUAAAUGCAGUGUUCGAGAGCACCAGGAAGAAGAAGAAGGGCCAAGCGAACGAGGCCCCGCCCUCCUCGGGAAGGAGAGGGUCUAUAGCUCACUCUGCCGCUUCUCGAGCCUCUACUCCUCGAACUUCCAGUCGACAGAGCCAGAACAAGUUGGAGGAUGGGCUGCCCAAACCAAACCUGGAGGUGCUGAGGAAACCGUCGUUAAGACCCACGACUGCUCCUCCUGAAGACAGUGACGAAGACAAAGAUGAGGACCUAUCUGGUCUGACCAAGGAGGAGAGGAUGCAGAGGAGGAUGAAGAACAGGAAGAGAAACAAGAGGAAGCAGGCGAUGCUGGGUAAGCUCAGGGCCAUCCAGGCUUUCCAGGCAAACGGCUCCAAUGAGCUCGACCUCAAGGUUGGGGAUGAAGUCGACGCAUUAGAAAAGAAAGGCGACUGGUACAAGGGAAGGAAACACGACAAAGUGGGAUGGUUCCCAGUGACCCAUGUGGAGAGUUUAGGCAGACAGAGUAGUCUGGAAUCAGGGAAGAGUCUGGAGGAGGCUCCGAAGCAGCCUGCGACCCGGCCUAAGUCUGGAGCGGUGCCCGUAGAGCCUGCACCACCACCUGCACCCAAGGUUGAGACACCAAGGAACAGUGUGACGACACUCACUCCCAGGAACAGUCUGUCUGAACCUCCCAGGCUCUCUGUGGAUCAUGGCUCCAUGCUGGACAGACCCCGUCUGAAGAAGAAGAAGAGCACCUCGGAGUGGAGGAGGAGCAUCCUGGGGGACAUGACUGUCAUGAACCCAGAGGAGAUGAAGGAACUGAACAAGAUUGUGAAGGGCGGAAUCAGGAUGUCAUCACGGAGGAACAGGAACAGCAUUGGGAGGAAAACUACAGUGUCUUCAAUGUCAUCUGAUGAUGGAAUACAGGAGGAGCCUGAAGAAGAGGAUGAGGAAGAAAACCCGAUGUUCCUGUCCACGUAUCCGUCAAUCAACACGACCAGCAGCCAGAUGAACCCUGGGAAGUCCGGCUCGCCUCCGACCACGCCCGCGCGGAAGCUAACGCCUCAGGUGUCACUGCAGGCUCCACAGGUAAAACGGCUAAAAUCAAUGUUUCUUUAUUUUAUGGUAACGGAACGGAAAGUGCCAUGCAAAUUUGUAACCUUUAACUCGAUGUAAGCAAAACAUGUUUCAGUUUCAAGACUGCAAGGUUUUACAGGAAAUAAACCAGUCAUUCAUUCAUUCAACUACCGGCUAUAAAGUGAUUUGGAACCAUUUAUGCUCACUGA